AUGCGGGAGCGCAUCUGGGCGCCGCUGCCGUUGCUGCUACCCUGGCUACUGCUGCCGCCGCCGCUGUGGGGCGGCCCCCCGGACAGCCGGCACCCGGAGCGGGAGCCCGAGCCCGGGCCUUUGCAGCCCUUCGACCUGCUCUACGCCAGCGGCGUGGCCGCCUACUACAGCGGGGACUACGAGCUGGCUGUGCGCGACCUCGAAGCCGCUCUGCGCAGCCACCGGCGCCUCCGGGAGAUCCGCGCACGCUGCGCCCGCCACUGCGCCGCCCGCCGCCCGCUCGCGCCGCCCGGCGCUGGCCCGGGAGCCGAGCUGCCCUUCUUCCGCGCGCUGCUCGAGCGGGCGCGCUGCUACCGCAGCUGCCAGAGCCAGCGCCUGGGGGGGCCCGCGUCCCGCCACCGCGCCAGCGAGGAUGUGCGCAGCGACUUCCAGCGCAGAGUGCCCUACAACUACCUGCAGCGGGCCUACAUCAAGCUUAACCAGAUGGAAGAGGCAGCGGCAGCAGCACACACAUUUUUCAUGGCCAACCCCGAGCACAUGGAAAUGCAGCAGAGCAUUGAGAAUUACAGAACGAUGGCGGGCGUUGAAGACGUCCAACUGGUAGACCAGGAGGCCAGACCACACCUGGAGAGUUACAGUGCAGGAGUCAAGCAUUAUGAAGCUGAUGACUUUGAACUAGCUAUCAAGUACUUUGAACAAGCUUUAAGAGAAUAUUUCAAUGAAGACAUGGAGUGCAGAGCCCUGUGUGAGGGGCCUCAGAGAUUUGAGGAAUAUGAAUACCUAGGGUACAAAGCUGGUCUCUAUGAAGCCAUUGCAGAUCACUAUGUGCAGGUGCUGGUUUGUCAGCAUGAAUGUGUGAGGGAACUUGCCACACGCCCCGGCCGCCUCUCGCCAAUCGAGAACUUUCUUCCCCUGCACUAUGACUACCUACAGUUUGCCUACUAUCGAGUCGGCGAAUAUGUAAAAGCCUUGGAGUGUGCCAAGGCCUAUCUUCUACUGCAUCCAGAUGAUGAGGAUGUCCUUGACAAUGUGGAUUAUUAUGAGAGUCUACUGGAUGACAACUUUGACCCAGCAUCUGUCGAGGCCAGAGAGGAUUUGGCGAUGUAUGUGAAGCGGCAUAAGCUGGAAUCAGAGCUAAUAAAAUCAGCUGCAGAGGGUCUGGGAUUUUCAUACACUGAACCAAAUUAUUGGAUUCGUUAUGGAGGAAGACAAGAUGAGAAUAGGGUCCCUUCAGGAGUGAAUGUGGAGGGGGCAGAAGUUCAUGGAUUGUCGAUGGGGAAAAAGUCAUUGCCCAAGAUAGUCCGAGACCUAAGAGAGGGUGGCCCUCUGCUCUAUGAGAACAUCACGUUUGUCUACAACUCGGAGCAGCUGAACGGGACUCAGCGCGUCCUCCUGGAUAACGUCCUGUCGGAGGAGCAAUGCCGGGAGCUGCACAGCGUGGCCAGUGGGAUCAUGCUUGUUGGUGAUGGAUACAGAGGAAAAACUUCACCCCAUACACCCAAUGAAAAGUUCGAAGGUGCAACUGUCCUGAAAGCACUCAAAUUUGGUUAUGAAGGCCGAGUCCCCCUGAAGAGCGCCCGUCUGUUUUAUGACAUCAGCGAGAAGGCUCGAAAGAUUGUAGAAUCCUAUUUCAUGCUGAACUCAACCUUGUAUUUUUCCUACACGCACAUGGUCUGCCGCACAGCCCUGUCGGGUCAACAGGAUAGAAGAAAUGACCUCAGUCAUCCCAUCCAUGCUGACAACUGCCUGUUGGAUCCGGAGGCCAAUGAAUGCUGGAAGGAGCCUCCUGCUUACACAUUCCGGGACUAUAGUGCUCUCCUAUAUAUGAAUGAUGACUUUGAAGGAGGAGAAUUCAUAUUCACUGAGAUGGAUGCCAAGACUGUGACUGCCUCGAUAAAACCAAAGUGUGGGCGCAUGAUCAGCUUCUCGUCUGGAGGAGAGAACCCACAUGGGGUGAAGGCAGUUACCAAGGGCCAGAGGUGUGCUGUGGCUCUGUGGUUUACCUUGGACCCACUUUAUAGAGAAUUGGAGCGAAUACAGGCCGAUGAAGUGAUCGCGAUCCUGGAUCAGGAACAGCAAGGGAAGCACGAAAUGAAUAUCAAUCCCAAAGAUGAGCUAUAA